GUCGUACAGUCGUUUUAAUUUCUUAAUUGUUUCUUUGUGUUUUCCCGAAAACAAUAGUGUAUCUAGUUGUGCACUUACAUUGAUGGGAGACGUAAUUAAGUCGCUUCGCGAGAAGUCGCAGAAACGCAAAAAGCUUCUAGCGCAAACACUUGGAGUUUCCAGCGUUGAGGAUUUGAAACAUGUUCUCGGAACAGCAGAAGAUGCUCCAAUCAACAAAUCUCAACGAUACGACGACGAAGAGGCAAGUUCUUCGAAAAAAUCGCAAUCCGAAGGAAUGGUGUACCGUGACUCUUCUACUUUUCUAAAGGGAACGCAAUCGUCUAACCCUCAUAACGAUUACUGCCAACAUUUUGUGGACACUGGCCAGCGGCCACAGAACUUUAUUCGUGAUGUAGGUCUCGCGGAUCGAUUUGAGGAGUACCCGAAACUGCGGGAACUGAUUCGCUUGAAAGAUGAGCUAAUUUCAGAAACGGCCUCACCUCCGAUGUAUCUACGAGCCGAUCUGAAAAGCUUCGAUCUUAAAACAUUAGGUACAAAAUUUGACGUAAUAUUGAUUGAGCCUCCGCUGGAAGAAUAUGCUCGUGGAGGGGCUGCCGUUGCAGCAGGAGCGCCCCGAAAUUUUUGGUCCUGGGACGAGAUUUUAGCUCUGGAUAUUGGAGAAGUCGCUGCCCACCGUAGUUUCGUUUUUCUUUGGUGUGGAAGUUCUGAAGGAUUAGAUAUGGGACGCAACUGUUUACGGAAAUGGGGUUUUCGACGCUGUGAGGAUAUUUGUUGGAUUCGAACCAACAUCGAUUCUCCAGGGCAUUCAAAAAUCCUCGAACCUAAAGCAGUAUUUCAGCGCACUAAGGAACAUUGCCUGAUGGGGAUUAAAGGAACCGUUCGUCGGUCAACCGACGGGGAUUUCAUCCAUGCCAACGUUGAUAUCGAUUUAAUUAUCUCUGAAGAAGCUGAGUUUGGAAGUCUUGAAAAACCUAUCGAGAUUUUCCAUAUUAUUGAGCAUUUUUGUCUGGGCCGCCGUCGAUUGCACAUUUUCGGUCGCGAUUCGACCAUUCGUCCUGGUUGGGUAACCAUUGGGCCGGAAUUAACCAACUCGAAUUUCAACAGUGAACUGUACGCUAACUCGUUUGAGGAAAAUCCAACCACCGGAUGUACGGAGCGAAUCGAAGCGCUCAGACCGAAAAGUCCUCCGGCGAACGGUAAAGUUCUGCGCGGUCGCGGUAGAGGGUUUCCUCGUCUCAGGGGUAGGAGCAGAGUGUAGUGGAUGCAUUUGAUCUAGAAAGUUUGAUAACUAAUUCCUCUAUAUAAAGGAAGUACAUCCAAUUAUAUU